GUAACUAAAAAAAAUGAAUUACUUGUAUUACUGUUUAGGGUGAGAAUUUUCGCCAUCGCCGUAAAAAGAAGAGGCGGAGGAAGAAAAAGAACUAACCCAAUUGCAGGUGUGAGUUUACAGGAAUGUAUCGCAAGUCAUACCAGACACUUAGUUCCAAUGCUAAAGACAAGGGAAAUUACUUCCAGUGGUCAAGCGCAAUGGAUUGUUGCCUUGCCAAGCUACUAGCAGAGCAAAUAAGGAAAGGUAAUAAGACGGACAAUGGUUUGAACCCUGUGGCAUAUAUGGGUGCCCUAGCGGUCAUAAACAAAAAAUUUGGGCUUGACUUGACAAAAGAACAUCUAAUGAAUAGGCUAAAAACUUGGGAAAAACAGUUUGGGAUAUUAAAAGAGCUUCUUGCGCAAAGUGGAUUUAAGUGGGAUGAGAAACAAAGGAUGGUUGUUGCAGAUGCUUGUGUGUGGAAAGAUUACACCAUGGUAUAUUUCACGCACUUUGAGACAGGCACAUCCUGAUGCCAGGCAAUUCCAGGAGAGACCUAUAGACAAUUAUGAAGAGUUAUGCAUUAUUAUUGGCAAUGAUCAAGCAAUUGUGGGCUGUUUGGAAAAUGUCGAAGAAACUUAUAUGCAAUCUGCAGCCAGUGGGGAUGGUUUAGACGCUGCCAGUUCAUCUGACAUUCAUGGUGAUGACAACCAUGUCAGAAACUUGCGGUGGACUGAUGCAAUGGAUUACUAUCUAGGCAAGAGUCUUGUGGAGAAAGUGAAGGAGGGGCAUAAAAUGGGUAAUGCCUUACCAUGGGAGGCAUAUGACACUGUUCUGUCAACCUUAAACGAGAAAAUUGGGUUUGUCUUGACGAAAGAUCACAUUAGGAAUCGGCUUAAAACUUGGAAGAAGCAGUAUGGCACUUUAAGGGAUCUGUUGUCUCAUCCUGGUUUCAAAUGGGACAGAACAUGGAAGAUGAUCAUUGCAGAUGACUCAGUAUGGACCAACUAUGUAAAGGCACACCCUGAAGCAAGGACUUUCCGUGGAAGAGUUAUUGAGAACUAUGACAACUUGUGCACAAUCUUUGCCAACGAUAAUGAUGUUGCAGAGGCUGUUGAUAUCUCCCCUGUUCAGAACAGCAUGAAGGUCAAAGAUCAAGUGAAGAACAUGCGGUGGACAUAUGAGAUGGACCAAUGUCUCAGCAAGGUUCUUGCAGAGCAAGCCAAACUUGGAAAUAAGAGUAAAUCAGACAACAAACUAAGACCUGCUGCAUAUGCAGUAGCAGUUUCAGCUUUGAAUAAAAGGUUUCAGCUUGACUUGACAAAAGAUCAUAUAAGGAAUCGUCUGAAGACAUGGAAGAAACAGUACGAGAUUCUGAAGGGGCUCUUGCAUCAUGGUGACUUUGAAUGGGAUAAAACACAAACUAUGGUCAUAGCAAAUGACUCUGCAUGGAAUCAAUAUAUUAAGAGAAAUCCAGAUGCCAGGUCUUUUCGAGGACGGAUCAUAAGAAACUUAAAGGAGCUUUGUGCUAUCUUUGGUAGUGAAAAUCUGCCCGAAAGUUCUCUAAAUAGUAGUAAUGAAGAUGUAAAUUUGGUCGCAAAUAAUGAAGCUGCAGAUACAGAGGAGUUGUUUUACAAUCAGAGUGAUGCUGCAAAAGAAAAAGGGAGGUACAUAUUAUGGACUGAUGAGAUGGACCGAUGCUUAAUGGAACAGCUGGUGGAGCAAGUGAAUCUUGGAAAUAAGCUUCGAAAAGUUUUAAGCAAGUGGCGCUUAAAGCUGCUGUUUCCGUUAUAAACAAAAAGUUUUCAUUGGACUUGACAACUGAAAAUAUUAGAAACCGGCUCAGGACCUGGAAGAAACAAUACAGACUUGUGAAAGAACUCCUCUCUCAACAUGGAUUUAAAUGGGAUGAGAGACAAAAGAUGGUUAUUGCAAAUGACUCUGAAUGGCGACUGUGCAUCAAGAGAAACCCUGAAAUGAGCCGGAUACGAGGACGAGCUAUUGAUAAUUUCAACGAGUUACAUGUUAUUGUUGGCAAUGAGCAGGCGGACAGACACUUGUCCAAAGCAGGUGAUAGAGUUGUAAAUAAUAUUCAAAACGGCAAAGAGGCUGUAGAAGUACCAGUGCAGGUCAUGGUUGAUGAAGACAUGUGCGACAACAAUACUGAUGAUGACAUACAAGUUUCAUCUCAGCGGACAAUAUCUAGAUCUUCACCAUCACGUUCAGAAGAGGCAUUAAAGAGGAGGCGUAGCAGUGAUAUAAUGUUAGACGUGAUGGGUGCUAUGGCAGAAAACAUCGGGAGGAUUGCUGAUGCAUUGACAGAAAGCAAGGGGGUGAGCUUGGAUGAACUGUUCCAAAUGGUACAAUCUAUUCCGGAAUUUGAUGAUGAUCUUAUAGUUGAUGCAUGUGAGUAUCUUUCAUUUGAUGAGAAGAGGGCAGGAUGUUUAUGAAACUGGAUGAGAGGUUAAGAAAAAAGUGGUUACUAAAACGGCUAAGGGGUUAAGGUAGUUGAUCUUAAAUGCUUAUUAUUAUUUUGGUUUCAAGCAAUCAAUCUUAUAUGCUUAAUCUUUUGGUUUCAAGCCAUGCAAGGGGUAGUAUUUGGGUUAGGAAACAUGUAUAGAAAUAUUUUCACUAUGGAGAGUCUACAACAGUGGGGACUAAUAUUCUAUUCACUACCAAUGCAGGUUUUUUUUUACUCCACAAA